AUGCUGAACUCUGAGCCUUACAAUCUCAGCCAGAUGCUGAACUCUGAGCCUUACAAUCUCAGCCAGAUGCUGAACUCUGAGCCUUACAAUCUCAGCCAGAUGCUGAACACUGAGCCUUACAAUCUCAGCCAGAUGCUGAACUCUGAGCCUUACAAUCUCAGCCAGAUGCUGAACUCUGAGCCUUACAAUCUCAGCCAGAUGCUGAACUCUGAGCCUUACAAUCUCAGCCAGAUGCUGAACACUGAGCCUUACAAUCUCAGCCAGAUGCUGAACUCUGAGCCUUACAAUCUCAGCCAGAUGCUGAACUCUGAGCCUUACAAUCUCAGCCAGAUGCUGAACUCUGAGCCUUACAAUCUCAGCCAGAUGCUGAACUCUGAGCCUUACAAUCUCAGCCAGAUGUUGAACACUGAGCCUUACAAUCUCGGCCAGAUGCUGAACACUGAGCCUUACAAUCUCAGCCAGAUGCUGAACACUGAGCCUUACAACCUCAGCCAGAUGCUGAACUCUGAGCCUUACAAUCUCAGCCAGAUGCUGAACUCUGAGCCUUACAAUCUCAGCCAGAUGCUGAACACUGAACCUUACAAAUUCAGUCACAGCAAGCAUGUAAAUAGGCGUUUUUCAACAAGUUCAAGGUACUAA